ACUCAAUAUUAGGAGUGUUAGGUAUACUCUGUGUAUAUAUUUUUUAUAUUUAAUGAUCUCCACCUCACAUAAGGCUACUAAAUAUUGAACAAUUUAAACAAUUGCCCCGCUGCCCAAAACACGUGUAAAUAAUGGACUAUAAAUUGUGCCGAACUGUAUUAUACUUAUCCUAAAAGUAUAAUACUUAGCCAUUUACUUUGUGGUCGUAUUAUUGUCGAGAAGGAACGCGCAAGUAAGACGAGGCAUGGCUACGGAAUCAGUAAGAGUUCAAACCAAAAGACGAGGUAAGCGUUCUAUAUUUACCUUUUGUUUUGCUAGGUAAGAACAUAGCAAGCAAGCGGUGGACGGAACGCUAGGUGGGAGAGAUGGGGGAGAGACUUCUGGUGAUGAAAAAAUAUCAUUUAUUGACUAUAUUUCAUUUUAAUGUCCGUUAUUUGCAGUCAAUUUCUUUUAAAAUAAUGUUUUGUUUUAAUGCAAUGUGCUAAUGUUAGCUAGCUGUAGAGCUAGCGUUAGCUACUGUACUGGUAGUGUCGUCACGUUAGCCUCCUGUGGCUAAACUAGCGGGAUUGAAUGAUGCACUGAAUCACCAGAGAGAGUCUGGCUUUGCUGUCUGUCAAAAUAGUUUUUUCCCUAUGGUCCUAAUCAAAUUCUCACACAUACAAAACGCUGUUAGUAACUGGCUAGAACACAGCUAGUUGGCUAAAAAGAAAAGCAAAGCUACCGUUAUUUGGUUAGCUAACGUUAGCUUGCUAACUGGGCCUGGAAUGGAGCCAGGAGAUUUGCGUGUGAGCCCUGCCGGCUCAGGAGACCCCGAAGUGGGCGAAUGGAGGCAAGAGACCCCUGGUGGGGAUGCUGAGGUGAAGGGUGGGGAACCAAAUGACAAGGAAAUUAAUGGAGAUACAGCUGAAUCGGUGCUCAAAGAGAAAGACACCUUCGAGGGAGAAGAGUCUAAAGAGAAGAACGAAGGUGAACUGCACAGCCCAUAUGAAGAUGAAUUGGAUCCUAGAAUUCAGGAGGAGUUGGAACACCUCAACGAGGCCAGUGUAGAGAUCAACCAACUAGAACUGCACUUGGAUGAUGCCAGAUCAGGUUACAGGAAGAUCCUCACAGACUCAGCCAGAAAACUGAACGCCCACAGCUCCCAGCUUGGUACCUGCAUCGAGAAGGCGAGGCCCUACUAUGAGGCUCGUCGACUUGCCAAGGAGGCUCAGCAGGAGACCCAGAAGGCAGCGCUGAGCUAUGAACGGGCUGUCUCCAUGCACACGGCUGCCAGGGAGAUGGUGUACGUGGCAGAGCAGGGCCUCAUGGCUGACGGCAGGAACACCCUGGACCCCACCUGGCAGGAGAUGCUCAACCAUGCUACCUCCAAGGUAACAAGGGAAACCCCAGCUACUGCUAUAACUGCAUCAAUAUAAAAUUAUAAAUGUGUUCAUCAGUAUGUGAGCGAGCUCAUUUGGUAUUCAUUUAAUCAGUAUUUCCCUUACAAUUCCCACCCCACCGCCAAGUAGCUACAGUUGUAGUCGGAAGUUUACAUACACUUAGGUUGGAGUCAUUAAAACUAGUUUUUCAACCACUCUACAAAUUUCUUGCUA